AUGGAUGAGGACAAUAUAAUAGGUGCCAAGUAUCCACCCUGGAAUUCUAAAAGCAUGAUGAAGCUUAAAUCCUCUUCUUUUUCUGGGUCCUGUGUGAGCUUUCUUCUUCUACAAGUGAUGAUAUCAACUUCAGAAAACUGGACAGUCACCAUUCCCACGAGACACUUGGUGGCUGCAGUAGGAGGACACGCUGAGCUCAGCUGCCAGUUGUCCCCGCCACGAAGCGCAGAGCAUAUGGAGGUGCGCUGGUUCAGAGGGGACGAUUCCAAACUCGUUCACCUAUACAGAGAUGGCCAUGGAGUGAGUGAAGAAGCUGCCCCAGGAUAUGUGAAUCGCACAGAGUUUGUGAAAGAGGCCAUUAGAGAGGGCAAAGUGACUCUCAGACUUGGUAAUAUCAGUGUUUCUGAUGAUGGAUCAUAUCAGUGUUCAUUUAAAGGUAGUGGCAUUAAUGAUGUGGCCAGCAUGAAUCUGAGCAUAGCAGCAUUAGGCUUGGAAACACAAAUCCAUGUUCAGGCGCCUGGCACUGAGGGGCUCGUGGUGGACUAUAACUCAGGAGGGUGGUUCCCAAAGCCCCAGAUGGAAUGCAGAGAUGGCAGAGGAGAAAGAGUUCCACAUUCAUCAGAAUCCUAUUCACAGGAUGGAGGCAGAUUGUUUCAUGCAAAGACGACUCUUGUCCUUAGAAACCAGUCAUGGGGCAACAUGACUUGCUACAUCCGCAAUCCUCUAACAGGUGAAGAGAAACGAACAAAUAUCAUCCUGGCUGGUGAUCUGUUUUACCCAGACCACAUUUGGAUGAUAUUCUCUGUAUCGCUUCUGUUCGUGAUAUUGUUUUUGACUAUUGUUCUCUCUUGUCAAUGUUUCACAAAAGGAGAUAACUGCUGCAACGAGUUGUUCCCAUAUGACUGCCAUGGUUGGUUGCGCCCAAGCGUCAUUCAAUUACUGACUUGUUUAGUCUUUUUUGGACUGCUCAUUAUAUAUCUGAAGUUCCGGAGACGAGUCUCUAUUUCAGAUCCUUUGUUUCCCUUGUACAAUGACUGGAUGCGGGAUAUGGCAAUGGUUAUAGCUUGUCCAAUGGCAUUUUUCAGUCUAUUAAUCAUUGUUUUAAGCAUGAAGCUAAGAGGACAUAAAGAACAAGAUGAAUACACUAUACAAAGUGACAGAGAUGCAAUCCACCAACUGUAG